AUGGCAACUGUAGAUGCUGAGCUUCAGCGCAUCUCGCGCAUCGCGGACCAGAAGGAGAAGACAGCAGCGUACAAGACGCUGCUAGAGGAUCAUCUACAAGACCAACACAGCCUAAAGACCAUCGUGAUCACGCACUUGGCCUCCGUCGUCUCCGGUAUCGACGUGGACGCGCAUCCGUGGAAGCUCGAGUUCAUCUGCUUCUGCCUGGCCAAGAUCAAGCCCCGCAUCUUGUCGUUCGAGGAGCCCGACGUGCUGUUCCGCGAGUCUCUGGCAGCCAUGUACAUGGACGAGGAAGAGUACAUUGAAGCCGCCAAGGCUCUAGCGGCCAUCAACCUCGAGAGCUCGACACGGCAAUACACUGACGUGGAGAAGGCCGAGAAAUACGUCAAAAUCGCCGAGUUGUAUCUCCAAGAGGACGAGACUGUCGACGCUGAGAACUUUAUCAACCGCGCCUCUCGGUUCAUCCACAACGUGGAGGACUGGGCGCUCAAGUUGCGCUUCCAGGUGUCCUACGCGCGCAUUCUGGACGCGAAGCGCAAGUUCCUGGACGCGGCGCUGCGUUACUACGAGUUCUCGCAGUCGAAACCGGACGAAGUGGACCCCGACGACCUGCUGGAGCUGCUGAGUAAGGCUGUGACGUGCGCCAUCUUGGCCUCGGCCGGGCCGCAGCGCUCGCGGCUCUUGGGAACUCUGUACAAGGACGAGCGUGUGAAGAACAGCGAGCACGUGGCGAUUCUGGAGAAAAUGUACACGGAGCAGCUGAUCCGUCGACCGGAGCUGGUUCAGUUCGAGAAGAGUCUGCUGCCGCAUCAGAGGGCGGUGCUGUCCAACGGGUUUACGGUGCUGGAGAACGCCUUCUUAGAGCACAAUCUACUGGCUGCUAGUCGUGUGUACAGUAGUAUUGCGCUGGUAGAACUGGGCAAGCUACUGGAGAUCGAACCGGCCAAUGCCGAGCGAGUGGCUGCGACGAUGAUCGGGGAGGACCGUAUGAAGGGAAGUAUCGACCAGCACUUGGGCUUCCUCGAGUUCGAGAACAUGGAGGACGAGGUGCUGGCGGCCUUUGACACGCGCAUCAGCUCGCUGUGCUUCAAUGUCAACCAGUGCGCCGAGCAGAUCGAGCAGCAAUACCCGGACAUUGCACGCUCGCUGACGGCGACGGCUACAUAAAGUAUGCGUUAUGUAGUUGAUUGAAGUAGCGUACAGUCAACACUUUUUUUCCA